AUGGAAAACAAAGGGGAUCCACGCUACCAGAACCAGCUGGAACACGUGGGCAGUAGAGGUGAUAAAGCUCUAGAUGGAUACAGUAAGAAAAAAUAUGUCUGCAAGCUGCUUUUCAUCUUCCUUCUGGGGCAUGAUAUUGAUUUUGGCCACAUGGAAGCUGUGAAUCUGCUGAGUUCUAACAAAUACACAGAGAAGCAAAUUGGAUACCUGUUCAUCUCCGUACUUGUGAACUCCAACAGUGAGCUGAUACGCCUGAUAAACAAUGCUAUCAAGAACGACCUGGCCAGCCGCAACCCCACUUUCAUGGGGCUAGCUCUGCACUGUAUUGCCAACGUGGGCAGUAGAGAGAUGGCAGAAGCAUUUGCUGGCGAGAUUCCAAAAAUACUUGUAGCUGGAGAUACGAUGGACAGCGUGAAGCAGAGUGCAGCCCUGUGCUUGCUACGAUUAUACAGGACUUCUCCUGACUUGGUUCCUAUGGGGGACUGGACUUCAAGAGUUGUGCACCUUCUCAAUGACCAACAUCUGAUUGUAACAUCUGCAUCAACUGAUCUCCAGGAUUAUACCUAUUACUUUGUCCCUGCUCCAUGGUUAUCUGUGAAGCUUCUGAGGCUCUUACAGUGCUAUCCUCCUCCUGAAGACCCGUCUGCACGAGGCCGUCUCACAGAGUGUCUGGAAACUAUUCUUAACAAAGCUCAGGAACCGCCAAAGUCCAAGAAAGUGCAGCAUUCAAAUGCAAAAAAUGCAGUGCUAUUUGAGGCAAUCAGUUUAAUCAUCCACCAUGAUAGUGAGCCAAACCUGCUUGUCCGUGCCUGUAAUCAGCUAGGCCAGUUCUUGCAGCACCGGGAAACUAAUCUCCGUUACCUAGCACUGGAAAGCAUGUGCACUCUUGCCAGUUCAGAGUUUUCACAUGAGGCUGUGAAAACACACAUAGAAACGGUUAUCAAUGCGCUGAAGGAACAUCAGAGUUACUGUUUGUGUUUCAGUGACUCAACAAUGUUACGUGUGAGUGCACAUUUAUUAAAUCUAUUCAACGUCUCAUUUGAACAGGCUCUUCAAGCACCUGCCUGCCAUGAGAACUUGGUAAAAGUAGGUGGUUACAUCUUGGGAGAAUUUGGAAAUCUGAUUGCCGGUGAUCCGAGAUCUAGUCCUCUGAUCCAGUUCAACCUGCUGCACUCCAAGUUCCAUUUGUGUAGUGUCCCUACCCGUGCAUUGCUUCUGUCUACUUACAUCAAGUUUGUGAAUUUGUUCCCUGAAAUAAAAACGACCAUUCAGGAUGUCCUGCGCAGUGACAGUCAGCUGAAAAAUGCUGAUGUUGAGCUACAGCAGAGAGCUGUUGAGUACCUGAGGCUCAGUACAAUUGCAAGUACUGACAUCCUGGCAACUGUGCUAGAAGAAAUGCCACCAUUUCCAGAGAGGGAGUCUUCCAUUCUGGCGAAGCUAAAGAAGAAAAAAGGCCCCAGCACAGUCACUGACUUGGAAGAGACGAAAAAGGAGAGGAACUCUGAUGUGAAUGGUGGGACUGAAACGACUCUUGCCAAUGCCAGUUCUGCG